CAAAUUUACUGGUAAAACCCUAACACCAACUCUCUCUCCCUGUCUCUCUCUGCAAUGCGCUUCCAUCCUCCCACCACAUUCUCUCUCUACUCCACCCUCUCCCGCCACUUCUCCUCCACCACAAAGCUCCCAAAGCUCUCGAAAAUACCCUCCAGAUACAGACCCAAAGCAAUCCACCUAGCCCAGAAAGCCCUCACUGACUACCUCCACACCACAAGAUCUCUCCCCUUCAUCUACGCCGAACACAUCAGCAAGAACGCCCUCUUCUCUCUCUCCGAUGUCGCUUCCAAAGUCCACUUCUCUCCCUCAACUUUCUUCAAAUCCUUCCAGAGGUUCCUCAGGUACCACCCUAUCAACGAAUUUGAAUUUUUCUAUGAGAGUAUUGGCAUUAAUUAUCAUGAAAUUAAUGGGUUUUUGCCCCCCAACAAGUUUUUCUUAUCCGAGGAUUCGCGGGUCUUGAAUGCGGCUUUCGCAUUUUCGGGAUUUGGGUUUCCUUGGAAUAGGUUGGGAGAGUUGUAUAGAGAGGAGAUUUCGAUUUUCAGCAAAAACCCUAGUGAAUUAAGUAGGAAGCUUCAUGGGUUUAAGGAUUAUGGGUUUGGUAGUGUGACUGUUAUUGGGAUUUGUUUGGUUUUUCCUUAUGUGUUGAAUGGGGAGACUGAAUUGGGUAAUGAAAUUAGUGCAUUGUUUGAUGAUUUGGGGAAGUUGUUUGUUGAUUUUGAUUUGUUGAAUUGCGUUGGGGGAAAUGUGGAUGCUUGGAUUGAGGUUUGUAGGAAAAUAAAGGUGUUUUAUGAUUUGGGUUGCGAGAAAGGGAAGAUGGGGGAGUUGAUGGGUAAGAGAAAAAGCAUUUUUCUCGAGUACCCGGAAGAGGUUUUGGUCAAUAAAGUGGAGUUCUUUUGUAGAUUGAGUGUUAACAAGAGUGAUGUUGGUCUUUUGAUUCUUGAGAGACCUGAGAUUUUGGAUUUUGAUUUGGAGGAUCAAAUGAUUUCAGUGUUGGGGCUGCUGAAACACUUUGGAAUGAAUACAAAAGAAUUAAAGUCCAUCAGUGAAAAGUAUCCUUAUGUUUUGGGAAGACACAAAAUGGUUAAUUUGCCUCAUGUGAUGAGAGCAUUGGAUCUACAAGAAUGGUUCUUCAAUAAGAUGAGAAGUGGGAAGCAUCAUCUACUAUGUACUUGCGUCGUUGGCAAUGAAGACCUGGACAAGGACUACAAAGGGAGUUUGGACAUAAUUCAAUCUUCAAGAACCUCUAUUCACACACUUCAGAAGUUGAAUUUCUUGCACGGUAUUGGGUUUGGAGAAAAUAAUUUGACCAUAAAAAUCCUAGCGAACUUGCAUGGGACUAGUUCUGAAUUACAAGA